GGAGAUAUUCAAAUUGAAAAGGUGGUUUGUGUUUUAGUUACCACGGACUUCUGUUUGGCUACAAAGUUACUAUGUUUCGUUUAGGUGCUUCCCAAGUCGCCCGCUCUGUCGGUGCGCAGACUAGAAACUAUGCUACUCUUCGUGAAAUUGAAAUGCGUCUUAAGUCUAUUAAGAACAUUGAAAAGAUUACCAAGACCAUGAAGAUUGUCGCUUCUACUCGUUUGAACAAGGCCCAAAGAGCCAUGACUGCUUCCAGAGUUUUCAACAAGACCGAUGCUGAAUUCUACGAAAACACUGAACCAGCUGCCGUCGAAGACGCCAAGACCUUGUUGAUUGUUGUAUCCUCUGACAAGGGUUUGUGUGGUUCUAUCCACACUCAAAUCGCCAAGUCUGCCAGAAAGAGAUUCCAAGACUUGAACGGUGCUGCUGACAUUGUCACUGUUGGUGACAAGGUUAAGGCCCAAUUGAUGAGAACUCACUCUGACAACUUGAAGUUGUCUUUCAGUGGUGUUGGUAAGGAAGCUCCAAACUUUUACGAAGUUUCUUUGAUUGCUGAUGAAAUCACCAAGUUGGGUGAAUACUCCAACGUUGAAGUUUUGUACAACAAGUUUGUCUCUGCUGUUUCUUUCGAACCAAGUAAGUUUUCUGUCUUUGACGCUGCUGCUUUGCAAAAGGCUCCAGGUUUGUCCAAGUAUGAAAUUGACAACGAAGAAACCACUUCUGAAUUCGCUGAGUUCUCCUUGGCUAACUCUAUCUUGUCUGCCAUGGCUGAAGGUUACGCUUCUGAAAUUUCUGCUAGAAGAAACGCUAUGGACAAUGCUUCCAAGAACGCCGGUGACAUGAUCAACUCUUACACUAUUUUGUACAACAGAUCCAGACAAGCUGUCAUUACCAACGAAUUGGUCGAUAUUAUUACUGGUGCUUCUUCCUUGGAAUAG